UUUUGCUUAUGACCGCUUUGAGACAGUAAAAAGUGGUUUUCUCCUACUCGGAUCUAUCUGCCGAACAAAAUGAACGCAGAGAAAUUAAAACAAUUGCAAGAGCAAGUCCGCAUCGGAGGAAAGGGUAGCGCCAGAAGAAAGAAGAAGGUAGUACACAAAUCAAAUGUCACUGACGACAAAAAAAUACAGAUGGUCCUCAAAAAAAUAGGAGUUAAUAACAUUCCUGGCAUUGAGGAGGUCAACAUGAUCAAAGAUGAUGGGGAUGUUAUUCACUUCAACAACCCGAAGGUUCAAGCCUGUUUGCAAUCAAAUACUUUUGCUGUCACUGGUCAUUGUGAGACUAAAUCUGUUACGGAUCUGUUGCCAUCUAUAUUGAGUCAACUCAGGCCAGAUAGUUUGACGGCUGUAUUGAAAAAAAUGGCUUCACAAGAAGCUGAAGGGGCUUCUGAGAACAAAUCUAAACUUGGAACUAUUGAAGAUGAUGAUGAAGUACCAGAACUGGUCGAAAACUUUGACGAAGCAUCCAAAACUGAAGUGAAGUAAGCCUUGCAAGGAGACAGUUGAACAACAAAACUAACUGGAUGAUUCUUAAUGUAUAUAAUAUGCAUGCAUAUAUACACGAACAUACCUACACUUAUACAUAUUUUAUGUUAUAUAGGUGUUUGUGUGGAUGUGAAUAUGUGUAUAAAUAUUAAAAUGUGUUUGUGUGUGUUAGCUAUAUAUUUCAUUUUUUUUAUUAAUGUUGAAUAUUUAUUAUCAUCUUUAGGGCUCUUUUUCUACUAAAAUUUUAAAACCAAAAAAGCUUAAUUCACUUUUAAGUAGUCUAUUUUAAAUUAUGGAAUGCUAAUAUGUUUGUACCUUUAUAUAUAUUAAUUAUUACCUAAAGAUAUUCUUAUGAUGGUUAUGGUUAUCAAUUCACCACAUCGACUGUCGAAAACAAAAGUUAAAUGACCAUGCUUUGUGUAUUUAUAUGUCACAUGCACAUUGGAGCAGUUAUUUAUCUCGUUUCUAAGUUUGUGAGCUACGUUAAGACCAUCUACUGUUAAGAUUAUGUAGCUAAAUCAAGAUAAUGUCUUUAUCUUAACAAUGUUUUGAAAUAAAUUGGUUGUUGAAGAUGGUUUUUAAGGAUUGUUAAUAUUUUUUUUGUAGUUGAUAAAUUGAUGUGAUUGGUUCAAGCACAGAUGUUUCUCAUUUAAUGUUUGCUUUUUCGUUUUACUUUUUGACGAAAAUUGGCCACCUUCGACAAUAAAUAAGUUGAACAAAAA